UUUAAUUAUCCUAUGCACAAAACCAUAAUUAUGCUUUUAAGCACCAACCCUGCAGGGGCUGAAGAAAAAUAUUUCAGAUUCAUGGGUGCUGAUAUAAUGCUUCUAGAUUCCUGAAUGAUGAGGUGCUUGUGAUAUUUCCCCAAGCCGUUUUUCAGUACAUCAUUAGACUGCAGCAUUUGAGUAUCUAAAAUAUUUUUCUGUAUGACAUUGGCUAGGAUUUGUGUGAUUCGAUAGGAGAAUGGAAGGCACAUCAGUUUGUUUGGUGUAGUUUCUGGUUCUCUGAUCCAACUGCAGUCUGUUCCGAUCCAGUGCUGUUCUUGAUGGUCCCUUAACUGUGAGCACCUGGUUUGGGGGAGUAUAAGGAUAUUGCAGCAGGAAUGGUCAUCUGAUUCUCAAACAGUUUUUAGCGGGGUAGGAAGCUGCGAUGGGCUGGAUGAGACAGGAAACCCUGCUGCAUAUCCAUAGUUCUGCUCAUACUACUUUGGAUGAAAACAUUAUCUGGUUGUAGGCUUUAUUGGUAGCCCUGGAGGUUUUUUUUAAACAGAUUUUGCUAAAAUUAGAGUAAAUAGAUUUGGCCAUAAAGCUUUGAAGUGUGUAUAAUCACUAUUAUGCUAAUAUAGAUACUAUUGUAAGAUAUGGUUGUAUUUAAAAUGUUUCUUUUAAUCAAUUCUACAGGUUCAGCACUUAUUAUUAAGCUUCUACUGAAGAAUCUUAUUAAUCUAUUUAAAAAUAUUCAUAUACUGCCAUUCAACCUAGAAGGCUGCCAGAGCACCUUAUAUGUUCAUUGAAGUCAGUAAAUACCCUCAGGCCUAUAGUUUAAAUGAUGCAACACAGAAGGGAAAAAGGGAUGUUAAGAGAAAAGAAUGAAAAGGCACUUGAGCUUAAUCAGGCACUUGAGCUUAAUAUGAAGGAUUCAUAUGGACUAGAGAUUCAUUGGCUACUAUAAUGGAAAAAUCAUGGAUGCUUUGGACUUCCAUUGAAAAAUGGCUGCUUGCUUUGGUGUCAUGGUCCUGGGGUGUCUGCCGUAUUUCUCUCUUACCUUUGAUAGUGACUUUUCAUUUGUAUGGUGGCAUGAUUUUACCUCUGUUAAUAUUUGUAUCUAUCACAGGUAUACUAUAUAAAUUCCAGGAUGUGUUGCUUUAUUUCCCUGAGCAACCUUCUUCAUCACGGCUCUAUGUUCCCAUGCCUACUGGCAUUCCACAUGAGAAUAUCUUUAUCAAAACCAAAGAUGGUGUGUUGCUCAAUCUAAUUCUUCUCAGAUUCACAGGGGAUAAUUGCUCAUAUUCUCCUACUAUCAUUUAUUUUCAUGGGAAUGCAGGCAACAUUGGGCACCGACUUCCAAAUGCUUUACUGAUGCUGGUAAACCUGAAAGUAAAUUUAUUAUUGGUUGACUAUAGAGGCUAUGGGAAAAGUGAAGGAGACGCAAGCGAGGAUGGCAUCUAUUUAGAUUCCGAGGCUGUUCUAGACUAUGUGAUGACUAGAUCAGAUCUUGAUAAGACAAAAAUUUUUCUUUUUGGCCGUUCGCUGGGGGGAGCAGUUGCUAUUCACCUGGCCUCUGAAAAUUCUCAUAGGAUUUCUGCUAUCAUGGUGGAGAAUACAUUCCUUAGUAUCCCGCAUAUGGCCAGCACUCUGUUUUCUUUCUUCCCUAUGAGAUACCUUCCUUUAUGGUGCUAUAAGAACAAGUUCCUGUCUUAUAGAAAAAUAUCUCAGUGCAGGAUGCCUUCACUGUUCAUCUCUGGACUUGCUGACCAACUGAUUCCUCCAGUUAUGAUGAAGCAACUUUAUGAACUUUCCCCUGCUCGGACUAAAAGAUUGGCAAUAUUUCCAGAUGGAACUCAUAAUGACACUUGGCAGUGUCAAGGCUACUUUACUGCACUUGAACAGUUUAUCAAAGAAGUUAUAAAAAGCCACUCCCCUGAAGAAAUGGCAAAAAUGUCAUCUAAUGUAACAAUAAUAUAAUUGUAAUUCCAGUCUGUCUUUCUGAUACAACUGCAUUGUACCUGGAUUUGUGGGAAGUGAUAAUUACCAUUUUUAAAAUGUGUAUUCUGUCUGUAUUUAUCUUAAAAAGUGAAAUUAAACAUGGAGACAUCUACUAACUUAUGAUCCAAGAUAGUUUUUACACUCUGCAUUGUAAACAAAUAAAGCUUAUAUUUGUUUUAAUAAAAUUACUUUUAAUACUUUCCGUUUUUUAGGAAAAGGCACUUUAACACAUUUGUUGCUGAAUUUUAUGUUCUUCUGAAUUUAAGAGAAUAAUGCAGUUCAGUGUAGUGCAUAUUUUGACUUCAUCGAUAAACAUGGUUUGCAAAAUAUAGAUGAGAACCAGUUUUCAGAGCAUCACAGACAACCAGCUAGAUACCAGAUUAGUCUGUUACUAAAAUGAAUCUCUAAUUUCAACCCCUGCUCCUGGUUGGUUAAGGCCUCCAGGGAGGGGCGUAUGCAAUUCCUACCACAGUAAGUGCUUCCUUGAGAGACAGGGUAGUCCUACCAGCUCUGAAAGAGGCAAAGGUCUCCCCCUGGAUCUCUGAGAUUUGGAUGCUUUUCAUCCAGUCUCCAGGCUUUCCAUCUUGGGAAAAGCAGAGCAUGUGGUCAGCCUGCUGCUCUGAAGGGUCCUAGAGGAGGCAGAUGAUCUGGCCCCCUUGCAGUCAGGUUUCAGAUCAUGGCAUGGUUGUCAGAACC